AUGAAGCUUGUUAAUGGGAGGAAUAGCUUGGAAGGACGAAUCCUAGUGUACUUUAAUGGAUCGUGGGGGACAAUAUGUGAUGAUGGAUGGGAUGCGAAAGCGGCUAGUGUUGCCUGCCGUGAGCUCAGUCUUGGCAGUCCUGUCGAACCUCAGAUUGUGAACCAGGCGAGGUUCGAGAGCAAUGACGGCUACAAGGAUAAUCUUGUUUGGUUGAGUGGGGUUUCUUGCAAAGGAAAUGAAAACUCAUUAAUUCGUUGUGAUCAUGAAG